GACAGUGAGGAUUCUGGGCCAACAAAUCAGAGAGAAAAAAUAUGAGUUCUUAUUAUGUGGAUGGUCUUCUUUGCAAAUCAACGGCGGGUUAUUCUCUGUUCCCGAGUGUGGAACGAGCUUCUUGCAGUAUUGGACCCGGUGGAGACGACCAGGACUCAGCUCGGACUGCUGCUGCUGCUAUCGCGUUUUUACCAUCUCUCUCUGGGGUUUGCAGCGUCAAUAAUCCAAUCUACCAGAGCCAUUCCUUGUUCACCUCAGGCUAUGGCCAGGGACAGGACGCACACACUCUGCACUGUAGCCCGUUUGAUCAGAGCCGACUGUUCAGCGACAGCUGCUGUCAUCCGGGGCCGGGACCCCUCACCCCGCCGCCGGACAAACAACACCGGAUGUAUCCUUGGAUGCUUGCAUCAGAUCCAAAUCGGAAGCGGGGACGGCAGACCUACUCCCGGUACCAGACCCUGGAGCUGGAAAAGGAGUUUCACUUCAACCGGUACCUGACCCGCAGGCGGAGGAUCGAGAUAGCCCAUGCCCUCUGCCUCACAGAGAGACAAAUCAAAAUCUGGUUUCAAAACCGCAGAAUGAAGUGGAAGAAGGACCACAAGGACGAAGUGAACAACGAAGAGAAGCCCGGCGUUAUCCAAGCCGUGUCCGAAGCUGAGAACUCCAAGAGCGCCGGCUCGAAGGCAGAAAAGGCUGCAAAAUAGAAAUGGACAUAGAA